CCCAAAAUUGGACGGUACUCAAGGUUGUGUAUCGCGCCAGUGCAAUAAUGGCCGAACUAUUUUUGGACCCAUCUAUUCGAUCAUGGGUAUUCCUUCCUCUUGUAAUAAUUACUUUCCUAUUUGGGGUUUUACGUCACUACAUGACUAUUAUGUUCACCAGUGAGAAAAAGGGCGAACUUGAGAAUAUCGGCGACAGUCAUGCUUUAAUCCGCAGUAGACUUUUGCGCGAAAAUGGAAGAUUCUUGCCGGCAAAAGCUUUUAAAAUGCGCAAGUAUUUCUUCAAUGAUAAGGAGCAUGGGUUUUUUAAAACACAAAAGCGAGAAAGUCCAAUGAAUAAUCCAAUGGCCGACCCCUCAAUGGCAACUGAGAUGCUUAGAAGCAAUGCGCUCAAUAUGGUUCCAAUGAUUGUUAUUGGCAGCUGGAUCAACUGGGCUUUUUCAGGUUUCUUGACCACGAAAGUUCCAUUUCCACUCACUUAUCGAUUUAAGCCUAUGCUUCAAAGAGGCUGUGAGUCGCUUACUUCUUUGGAUGCAUCUUGGGUUAGCUCUGCAUCUUGGUAUUUUCUGAAUAUAUUUGGCCUCAGAAGUAUGUAUGGUUUGGUACUUGGUUCGGACAACGCAGCCGAUAACUCGAUGAUUUUGUCAGAUCACCAAGUACCUACACCACAAGCUCCACAGGAUAUGCAAAAGGCGUUCAAGGCAGAAUGGGAAGCACUGGAAGUAGUCGACCAUCAAUGGGCUUUAGCAGAUUGUGAAGCAAGACUAUUGAACAGAUUAUCUUGAUGCGUUCAAUUCUUCUUUAAAUGUCAAUAUACUCUGUUUUUCG